CUGCAAUCAGUGCAAAGUGAGACAGUGUGUAUGAAUGAGGACAUUUCUGUACCUGUUAAUUAGUCUUUUAUCCUGCAUUUGACUGACGUUUGGUUCUCUACCUUUAUCUGCUUGUGCAUCUUCAGCAGACGCAUCUGAGGAGCAGUUUUGGACACUGUGUCAUUUCAAGAGUGCAUCUUGAAAGCGUGACCAAAAUGAAUUUUGAUGAAAUUCUCAGCCUUAUUGGAGGCUUUGGGAAAUUCCAGAAGACUUUGUAUGUAUGGAUCUGUCUACCUCAGAUCUUUCUUGCAUUCCACAUGCUGGUUUCUGUCUUCACCGGGGCUGUUCCUCCUUAUUUAUGCCGCUCAACCUGGCCCUCAAUGGGUUUGCCGGCUACUUCAAACUUCAGCCUUCUGACCCCACCCGAUGGCCAGUCUGAGUUGUCAUGCAGUGUCCCCUUGAACCACAGUGAUGCUGCUACUCUUGGUGAUGGACAUCCUACUGGAGGCUGCCAGGGAGGCUGGGAGUACAGCAACAACACUUUCAAAAGCACCAUAGUAACUGAGUGGGACCUGGUGUGCGACAGUGCUAGUCUAAACAACAUGGGCUCCUCCGUCUACAUGUUUGGUCUCCUUGUUGGUGCUGUGUUGUUUGGGAGCUUAGCUGAUAAGUAUGGUCGCAGGAUCAUCAUCCUCAUCAACCUGGCCAUACAGGCAGUAUUUGGGGUUGCUGCAGCUUUCGCGCCAAAUUUUUACAUGUACACUGCCUUUCGAUUUAUAGUUGGAACAACCAUCUCCGGUGUUAUCAUGAAUGCCUUUGUUCUAGGCACAGAAUGGACCUCACCAAAGCAGCGAAUGCUCGCUGGUAUAAUAACUGACUAUUUCUUUGGUUUUGGCUACAUUCUGCUGGCCGGGGUGGCAUAUCUCAUAAGAGAUUGGCGAAAACUGCAGCUGGCCAUUUCAGCUCCUGGCUUCCUCUUCAUCUUCUACAUCUGGGUGUUGCCAAAGUCAGCUCGCUGGUUAAUGGCCAAUGACAGGGAAGAGGAAGCAUGGGUGCUGAUCCAGAAAGCAGCGCAGAUGAAUGGGAAGCCCCUCACCAAAGAUCUGGAAAUGUGUCAGGUCUAUAAAACUGAAGAGAAAUCAAAGGUAAAGAAAACACACUCUUGCAUAGAUCUUGUUCGAACGCCAAAAAUGAGGAAGCAGACGUUGAUUGUUUUUUAUCUCUGGUUUGUCAACGUGCUGGUGUACUACGGCCUGUCCCUCAACAUCUCCGACUUUGGGAUGAACAUCUAUCUGACCCAGCUGAUCUUCGGCCUGGUGGAGAUGCCUGCACGCACCAUCACCCUGUUCACCCUCAACCGCUCCCGCAAGAUCUCCCAGCUAGCUUUCCUAGCUGUGGGCGGCACAGCCUGCCUGCUGACCAUCUUCAUCCCCAGUGAACUAUCUGUCAUCAAAACAGUCCUGGCCAUGAUUGGGAAGUUUGGAAUCACAGCCUCUCUCUCCAUUAUUUAUGUCUACUCAGCGGAGCUGUUCCCCACUGUAAUCAGACAAAAUGGGAUCGGCCUUGGCUCCGUGUGUGCUCGCACUGGAGGAGUCCUGGCUCCCAUGAUGUACCUGCUGAGGAGCAUCAGUCCUCACGCUCCCAUGGUGCUUUGUGGUCUUUGCCCCCUGCUGGGCUCUGCCCUCACCUUGCUGCUGCCUGAGACAGCCAAUAAGCCCCUACCUGACACUAUAGAAGACAUAGAGGGACCCGACCUCAGUGAAGAGGAUGGUGGAGUGAAGCCAGUUAUCGUUGAAACGUCUCUGAUGAACAUGAACGCCGUCAGCAACAGGAUGGACUGACAAACAACGGCAACAUCAGUACGAGCUGCUACAUCUCAUGAGGCGUGCAUGUUUUUCAGUACUCUACCAAAGACAAAACUCUGUGUGGUUUUGUGCUGACUGAGCAUUUUGUGUAUAUUAUGUGUCUCAAAGUUUUUUGCUGGAGGCAGCGACCUGCUGCUGCAACUGGAUAGAGAUUGGUGAGCAAAACACUACACUACAAUACACCUGAUAUAACUUUUGCUGCAUUCUGAUUCGACUGCAUUGGUCAGUCAUGUAAAUGCGAGCGCUCUCAGGCCUGUUCCUCCAACUUGACUGCUUGGACACAGGAGGGGACCAGUGCAUCCCUACUGUGGUUUUAACACAGGACAAUGUCACUAAUCCUCAGUGUUGGACUUCUGAAAAGGAGAAAAACAUAGGUUUAGACACAUACUGCAUAAGGUCUGAACCCUAAAGGCAGCUGCACAUAAAUGAUUCCGGAGUGGCUUCUCUACUCAGUCUCAGCUUGGUUGUGUUUUGAAAUUUGUAGCUUUAUCGGUACUACAUGUACAGUAAAUCUACAUCCCUCUCCGUGCAAUAAGUUACUCAUCUCUUACGCAAACACACCCCCACUACCUGUCUGAUGCUUACUUUGACAUGAUGCACUCCAAAUAAAACACUUCUGUUUGUGUUUUUGUCUUGUUCAUCCAUGCACAGACCACAAACUAUUACUAUUACUGUUACUAUGACUCAUUUCUGUAUGCAUUUGUUAAUUUUUACUUGUAUAUUUCUGUCAUUUAAAAUGUAUGUACAUAAACUGCCUGACACUAGCCAGACACUGCUGUCUCCAGGUGUUGGAGGCAUACUGUUUUUCCUCUAUCUCUAGUUUUGAGUUUACAGUGCUUUGGGGUUUGAAUUUUUUUUUUUUUGAUACACGCUACUGCAAACACAGAGGCAUUGUCAGAUGUUUUUGAUAAUCUGUACUAGAUAUGCAAUUCUUAACACUGUCAAGUGAGAAUAGAGGCUUAGAAGGAAACAAUUAGUGUCACAAAGUCCAGAUAAUAAUUAAAGGCUACCACAGUUUCUUUUUCAUGUUUGGAAGGAGAGGGUGAGGUGAGGGGUGUUUAGCUGCAACAUGCAAUUUUAACACUAGACAUCACAAAAUUCUACACACUGUACCUUUAAACAAACCUUGGUUACAAUUUCCACGCAGAAAUGAUUUGGAAUUUUUACUUGGAAAAUCCUCAAGUAAAGAUUACUUACUAGUAAGAAUUGAUAGAUAAAGAAUACUUAAGUAGAUUUUACUGGCAAUUUUCAUCCUUAGAUAUAAAAUGUACUCACA